UACAUAGAAUCUGGGAUUUAAGAAGCGGUGAAGUUGUGAAAACUCUCGAGACCAAGUCUUCUGUAACAAGUACUGAAGUAUCUCAAGAUGAACGCUAUAUAACGACUGCUGAUGGUUCAUCUGUCAAAUUUUGGGAUGCUAAUCAGUAUGUAUCUAGUUUGACACCUGUGCUGAAAACCAAUCUUAUUGUACUCUUGAUUUUUACUGAAUUUUACUUAUUAUCAGCUAUGGAUUGGUUAAGAGUUAUGACAUGCCCUGCAAUGUGGAAUCUGCUUCCUUGGAGCCAAAGUCUGGUAACAAGUUCAUAGCUGGAGGGGAAGAUAUGUGGGUUCGUGUUUUUGAUUUUCAAACAGGAGAAAUGAUUGGAUGCAACAAGGGUCACCAUGGUCCUGUGCACUGUGUGCGUUUCUCUCCAGGGGGAGAGUCUUAUGCUUCGGGGUCGGAAGACGGAACAAUAAGGAUUUGGCAGACAUGUCCGCAUGAUAUGAAUGCGGCAGAAACUUCUGCUAAUGGACCAAAUGACAAUGAGGGUGUUGCUGAUCGGAUCGAACAGUUGCACAUUGGCGAGGCAGGGAAGAAGCUUGAUGAGAAUGGGAGUCAUGCAGAUAAUGUUUUGACCAAGGCAGCACAGGCCAUGCAGUCUUGAUUUUCUUCAACUGUUUUAUUUUUUUUUCUUUUCUUUCUUUUUUUUGCAAUGGCUGGAAACCUGGUAAGUGAUCAAGUGAGUUCGUCCAGUUUCCAAGGAUAUUACCUUCCUGAAUAACAAGACAUUUUAGAAAAGUAGUAUGGAGUAUUUGUCUUCUUCCAAAAGAUGAAAUCACUCACUCUAAGUGCUGCUCACGACCUCACCCCUCCUCAUCCUUGCCUGACGGGAUUGUCCACCUCCGAAACUUGAUAGUUAUGGUUUUCAAAGGUAUCCUCUUUUGAUUCUAUUUCCUGAUUGAGAAAUUCUAUUGCUAUGAUGAUUACCUUGAGUUACAAGUUGAGAAUACCUUGAUUUACGAGUUGAGAUUACCCUAAUUAUUGUGAUUUAAAGUGAUUUAGGUAUCCUCUUUUGAUUACCGUGAUUAAUGGUGUAGAAUCUAAUUACUAAAUGGGGGAAAUGAGCAUGAGUUGUGUUGCACUUCCAACACACUUGUAUUUUCUCUGGGAGGAAUGUGACUAUGUGAGUGGUAAGACUCCAUCUAUAUGAAUAUAUAUUAAUAUUAUCAUCUGCCAACUUCGAAUGUAAUCUUAGUAUUACUAAUAAUUUCUUUGAAUGCCAGCAAUUUGGCUGAUUUAUCUUCAUCCAAGGAGUAUAAUGAAAUAGAAUCAAAAGAGGAUACUUGAAUCACUUCAAGUCACCAUAAUCAAUAGAAUAUCACUUUUAUUAUUUUGAAGUGGUAGAAGAAAGGAAACAAUGUUUGAUAGGGGGUGUAUGGCACUAGAAGGCACAUGAGAUAAUAAAACAGAUGAAACAUU